AUGAAGAAGUUCUUCGACUCGCGGCGGGAGCAGGGCGGCUCGGGCCCCGGCUCGGGCGCCAGCGGCGGCGGCGGCGGCAGCGGCGGCCCCGGCAGCGGCUACAUCGGGCGCGUGUUCAACAUCGGCCGCUGCCAGGUGACGGUGGACGAGGUGCUGGCCGAAGGUGGCUUUGCAAUAGUGUUUCUUGUAAGGACUAACAACGGGGUGAAAUGUGCCCUGAAACGCAUGUAUGUCAAUAACGAGUACGACUUACAAGUCUGCAAAAGAGAAAUUCAAAUCAUGCGAGAUCUGUCUGGCCACAAGAAUAUUGUUGGAUACAUCGAUUCCAGCAUAAACUCUGUAAGCAGCGGCGACGUGUGGGAGGUGCUGAUACUGAUGGACUUCUGCCGAGGAGGCCAAGUGGUAAACCUCAUGAACCAGCGCCUGCAAACGGGCUUCACCGAGAGUGAGGUGCUGCAGAUCUUCUGCGACACCUGCGAAGCCGUCGCGCGGCUGCACCAAUGCAAGACGCCCAUAAUUCACAGGGAUUUGAAGGUUGAAAAUAUCCUGCUGCAUGAUCGUGGCCACUAUGUCCUGUGUGACUUUGGAAGUGCUACCAACAAAUUCCAGAACCCUCAAACAGAAGGGGUGAACGCAGUAGAAGAGGAGAUCAAAAAGUACACUACAUUAUCCUACAGAGCACCAGAAAUGGUCAACCUGUAUAGUGGCAAACUUAUUACUACAAAAGCAGACAUAUGGGCCCUUGGCUGUUUGCUGUACAAACUCUGUUACUUCACGUUGCCGUUUGGGGAGAGUCAGGUAGCAAUCUGCGAUGGCAAUUUCACCAUUCCAGAUAAUUCUCGGCAUUCGCAAGACAUGCACUGCCUCAUCCGGUAUAUGCUCGAGCCAGACCCUGACAAGAGACCUGAUAUUUACCAGGUCUCCUACUUCGCAUUCAAAUUGGCAAAGAAGGAGUGUCCCGUCCAAAAUGUCCAGAACUCUCCAAUCCCUGCCAAGCUCCCUGACCCAAUCAAAGCAAGUGAAGCUGCAGCGAAGAAGAGCCAACCAAAGGCCAGGCUGACAGAUCCUAUUCCCACAACGGAAACAUCCAUCGCGCCCCGCCAGAGACCCAAAGCAGGACAGACCCAACCCAACCCCGGGAUCCUCCCCAUUCAGCCGGCCCUGACGCCGCGGAAGAGGCCCACGGCGCCGACAGCCCUGCAGCCGCAAGUUGCAGGCCCCGGCACGCUGGGCGGCCCCCAGCCCGCGCUCCCUGCCAGCGGCCCCCAGCCCAAGGCAGCGCCCCAGGCGCCGUCGCAGCCACCGGCACAGGUCCCUUCUACUCAGCCGCAGGCCGCGCCGCAGCAGCAGCAGCAGCUUUUCUUGAAACAGCAGCUGUUGCAGCAGCAACAGCAGCAGCAGCAGGCUGCAUAUUACCAGCAGCAGCAGAUGAUGCAAGCUCAGCAGUUCCCAGUGAUGCAGCAAGGAGCACCCGCACAGCAGCAGCUCAUGCAGAACUACUACCAGCAGCAACAGCAGCAGCAGAUGAUGGCCCAGCAGGCAGCAAUGCAGCAGAAGGCGGCAGCAGUGCAGCAGAAGCAGCAGCCCCCAGCCCAGCCCCAGGCCCCACAGGCUGCAGCGCAGCCCACGCCUCCGCAGGAGCAAGUGAUGCAGCCACAAAUAAGGCAACAGCAAAAACCUCAGACCACGCCACCCGGGGCCGUGCCGGGGCAGAAGCUGGGCUCCCUUACGCCACCCUCAUCGCCCAAGACGCAGCGCGCGGGGCACAGGAGGAUUCUCAGUGACGUGACCCAUAGCGCCGUUUUUGGGGUUCCAGCCAGCAAGUCCACACAGCUGCUGCAGGCAGCUGCUGCUGAAGCCAGUCUCAACAAAUCCAAGUCUGCUUCCACUACGCCCUCGGGUUCGCCAAGAACCUCGCAGCAGAAUGUGUAUAACCCGCCUGACGUCUCCACGUGGAAUCCGUUUGAUGACGACAACUUCUCCAAGCUCACAGCUGAGGAGCUGCUCAACAAGGACUUUGCAAAGCUGGGUGAUGGCAAAGCUCCAGAAAAGAUGGGCAGCUCUGCAGAGAACCUGAUUGCAGGUUUCCAGCCGGCUUCAGCUGCACCCCAGGCAGAUGCUUUUGGUGGCUCUUCUUUCACUGCUGGAUCAGGUCUGCAGAGAGAUCCAGCCCUAUUUCCAGGUGUAGCUCUUGAGCUCUGUAGAGGACCCUCUGGCAGUGAUGGACACCCAUUGUACAAAGGUCAGUCCGAGACGCUGGAGGUGAAAACUCAACACAACUCAGACUCGGACUUCUUAACAAGAGAUGGGCCUUCAAGCAACAGCUCCUUCCACAGCAGUGAAGGGGAGGGGACAGAUCACGAAGGAGAUAUAUUGGAUUGCAGCGGGUCCAGGCCUUUACUCAUGGAUUCGGAAGAGGAGGACGACACCGGCAAGUUGCAGUCUGUGCCGAAGGAAAGACAUGAGGCUUCCAAAGAAGAUUCCCGCUCCCAGUCUUCCCAGAGUAGAAUGGGGGAGAUGAUAUUCCCCGCCUUUCAGCCACAGACUGGUGAGGUUUUUAAUGAACCAGAUGUUUUUGCCACGGCCCCUUUCCGAAGCUCAAGAAAAGUGCUCGAGGAGGCAGAUGUCUUUACCAAAGCUCCUUUCAUCUCCAAGGGCAAUAUGGCUCUUAGACACCCAGAAGAGACAGAUGUAUUUCUGAGAGCACCUUUCACUAAAAAGAAAAGCAUGGAAGAGUUGACUUCUCAUGGUGUUCCUAAGGAACCGUUCACAUCGCCUGUUUUCAUAAACCAAGUGGGUGAUGUCCAACCCGUGGUCACUCCUACGUUCCAAAGCCUGGACGCAGCCAUGCGUGGGCCUGCUGCCUCAGCUAGAUCUCCGUACCCCGCCGUAGGGUUCAUUCAGCCAGUUCAUCUUCCAUCCUCUUCCGCCAGAGCGAUGGAGCCCCAGGACACCGUUCCUGCCCCGUGUGUGCUGAAGGAGCACAGUGGCACGUCCAGCGAGAGAACCCCAGCAGGACACGCGCUGCCGCAGGAGGCCGUCCUGGGCUCGGGGGUCAACACGCCUUUCCGUCCACAGUCCUUAUCCAAAUAUUCCCGUCACUACAGCCCAGAGGAUGGGCAAGGCCUCGAAGUGAAGCCUAUAGCUGCUUACAAAGUGGUUUCUCAGACCAACAGACAGGCUAUAGCAGGAUCUGUCUCUGUUGCUUCUCUGUCUUCCAGGACUACAGAGCUGCCUAGUGGGGAUCCUUUUGCUUCAGCUCCCUUUCCUUCCAAAGCAGGAAAGCCUUAAUCUGUGUGAGCUGGGAGGUGUCUUCUGCCAGGACCAUCUCUCGUAGGACCUUGAACCUCUUAGUUGAAUUGAACAACACAGCAAUAUAUUAUAUAUAUAUAUAUAUAUUUUUUUUUUUCCUUUCGGUCAGAUUUCUAUUUGCAGUGAUACAUAGUUGAACUAUUCUAAGUUAUGUUAGCUGGUCCGAAUGCCUGGCACUCAGGAUCUUCAUAUCCUUUUAAGUUACUUCUUUCCUCUUUCACUGUCUCCCACCCCUCUUACUUGUAGAUGCUUUUCCAAACCAGUAGCGUUCCGUUCUUUCUGGCUCUGGCUGGGGAAAUGCAUUGUAAGAUGAAUUGCAAUGUUCAGUGAUUGCAGAGCGAGUCAAGCAGGACRGGCUAGUGCUCUGGAAAGGAAACUGUUUCACAGGUUGAAGGGUUGUCGUGACUUCUUACCAAAUGGGAACUUCUGGAGGAGAUCGGAGUAGCCUGUUCCUGGUGAUGGUGACAAGGGAAACCUGGCAGCUGUAGCACGGGGUUAGUUUUGUCAUGAAUUGUGUGUGUGCUCAUAGCUUGUGUGCAGGGUGAGCGCCAGCUGUGUAGCCAGCCCCCUACCGUGAGGCUUGUGCAGCGCCAAUGUGCAUGUCCCCCACAUUCACGAAUCAAAACUAUUACUGCUGUUACCUGGAAAAUGAGAAGAUCAGGAAGAACUUUGACUUUUACAUGUGUAGUUCCUGUCUGGUUUAUGCCAAAGCGUAGGACCCUGCAGUUUCGUUUACGGUGUCGUGAAGGAGAGAGCUAUGCAUUGUUACAGUAUUAAAGUGCACCCUAUGGAAAAGUAUAUUGUGGAAACAGCUUGAUGAGGUCCUUAUCCUACAUACCUCAUUCGGUGUAGUUCAGCAGGGGCUGCAAUCCAGUUACACUAACUUAYACUAGCCAAGAACUCGGCUCUAUAUUUACACAACCUGCCUUUGGUUCUCUUGUCCCUCGAGGUGAAUCUAAACAAAAUCUACUUGCACUCCAGUGAGUAACAUUUCCUUUACUCUAGAAGUACUGCACUGCCUGCCCUGCUCCUAGACAUCUGCUUUUUAUCACUGCUGUGAUGAAUCCCCAGAUUGUGUUUGGAGGAAACUAGUCAUGAAGGUUAACCCCAACUAGUUGUCACAUGCUGGUUGCUGGGCCAGACCAAAGCUGAGUUUUGUUCCUCUCCCUUUCCAGUAACGUGAGAUAUAGACAAGACAGCGAAACCUGCCCCCUUCCUUGUUCUCAACCCUUCUUAAGACAUAAGAURUCUUGGAACUGGCCAGCAAAUGUGAUCCAUAAGCAUGGUCUGACUUCAAAAUACCCAGAUAUUGGGACUCAUUGGGCUCCCUGCAUCCCAGCAGAUGCCAGUGCUGCAGAACGUCUCCUGAGACGAUCUUUGCUUUAUUUCGAAGGGUUUGCUAGCUAUGGAAAAACUCCCGUUGGCUCCAGGGGUUUUUUGGCAAGUCUCUUAAAAGCUUUGCUCCUUGUUGUGGCUGUUUGCGAGGUGAACUGCAUCGUCGUGGUGUGAGCUGGAGCCCUGCGGUGGGGCCAAGGACACGUGCUGCCUUUGCAGCCCAGGGUCUCGGUUUGACUGACCCAGUGUCUACGCAGGCAUUAUAGGCACAAAGUGAUGUGCAAAUAGGACUUAGCGCUGCUCCAAAUGUCCUUUUCAGUCCCCARACUUGGUUCCUCUUCAAAACAUCUCCAGCCACGAGAGCUGAGCCAAGUGCUGCUGAUGGGCAUGCUCAACGUGGCCUGGAAGCAAGAGAGAACUUGUUCUAAAGUCUAAAAAGCCACAGGGCACAGAGACAGUAUUUGAGGGCAAGAGGCCAAGUCGGCUUGCACAGUUCAGCUGCUGACAAAGAACGACUUGCUGAGCCCGGCUGAGGUCAUGUUGUAUGGACCUGGCCUGAGACUUUCUGAACUAGAGUCAAUAUUGGUGCACACGGCUUGUUUAGAGGCUUUUUCCUGUGCUCUUCUCUCACCAAUCCUAGAAAAUGAAGUACUGUAAAGAUAUUUCU